AUGAAGACUACCUGCUUGGCUCUUGGGUUAUUGCUGCUGACAGUGUUCCACUCCUAUGCUACCCCUCUUGGACUGCAGACAUCACCAGAAAGCUGCUGUUUCAGCUUCUUCAGAGUGAUAGUGCCCCGCAAUAAGAUUGACUCCAUCCAGAAGACUCACAGAGGCUGCCCCCUACCAGCAUUUGUGGUCAAAACUGUCAAGGGGAAAUUGAUUUGCUUCCGGUCGAGUGAGCGGUGGGUACAGAAAGCCUUCAACCGGCUCAAGCAGCCAGCAGCUGUGGCCACAGGUAGAGGCAUUGAGAGUUCCACUCAUCCUUGA